GCGUACACCACUAGUACCAAAAGGAAAUUGGAUCCCUGAAUUACAUUGUCGUCUCCCAGCCAUGGAAAUUGGCUUUGGCAUGGCUGAAGGGGGCGGAGAAAACAGCUACGCGAAGAACUCUAAGCUACAAUUGCGAAAAGGCUUUGGUUGCGACUAAGCCCAUGAUUCAGAAGGCCAUUCAAGAAGUAUACAGUGCAAUUCUCCCUAAGACAAUGCUUGUUGCUGACAUGGGCUGCUCUUCAGGGCCAAAUACACUAAUGUUUAUCUCUGAGGUGAUAAAAGCGAUCAGCGAAUACUGUCAAAGGAUAGGCCACCGCCCUGCUGACAUUCAGUUUUUCCUGAAUGAUCUACCUGGCAAUGACUUCAAUUACCUGUUUAAAUCUUUAGAACGAGUAGAUAAAUUGCUUGCCAAUGAUCAAAACAGAGAAGAAACCAUCCUACCUCAGUACUAUGUUGCUGGCUUGCCACGAUCCUACUACACAAGGAUUUUCCCUGACAACAGUGUUCACCUCUUCCAUUCAUCAUAUUCCCUGCAUUGGCGAUCUCAGAUGUUUCAGCAGAGCAGCACAGGGGAAUUCCUAAAUGAAGGGAACAUUUACAUCGCGAAGACGACCCCGGAACCAGUGAUAAAACAAUACCAAGAGCUAUUUUACAACGAUUUCUCGAAGUUUCUUGCGUUACGCCACCAAGAACUUGUGCCUGGUGGCCAGAUGGUUCUCACCUUUCUUGGAAGGAAGAAUGGUGAUGUGUUUGAUGGGAAUCUGAGUGUUCUUUAUGGAUUAAUUUCACAAGCAUUACAAUCUCUAGUUAUGGAGGGUCUCGUGGAGAAGGAGAAGCUGGACUCCUUCAACGUCCCUAACUACGCGCCAUCGGUGGCCGAAGUCAAAACCGUCCUGGAAUGGAGCCGGCUCUUCACCGUCAACAAGAUCCAAAUCCUGGAGCCGAGCUGGGAUCCCUACGUGGAGGACGACGACUCGCAGCCACGGGGACAGCAGGUGCGGCCCAUUGACACUGCGAGGAGCGGCGUGAACGUCGCCAAGUGCCUGAGAGCCGUGCUGGAGCACCUGAUCGCUACCAAUUUUGGGGCGUCCGUGCUCGACGUGCUCUUCUCCAGGUUCGCGCGUAACGUCGCCGAGUUCCUCGAGAAGAGGGAGGGGAAGCACAGUGUCAUCGUGCUGUCGCUCACAGCGAGAAACAAUUGAUCGAGAUCACCAGGACGUACGGGCGCAGGAUUUAAAUUAAAGCAUCGUUAUUCAAAAUGUUUACAGGGUAUAAUUUUGUACGUCUAAACUUUUAUAGUUGGCUGGUAUAAUGUCAUACGCUCCGUAAUCGUACUAUAUAUAUCAUAAGGAAAAUUCCUUUUAUGCCCUCCAAAUAUUAGCCUAUCCUCAAUGUGCCUCUAAAUUUUGCU